AUGAUAACAGUUGCAGGAAACUUAACCAGCAUUGCACCAUUAAUUGCAAAGAUUCCAAAUUAUAGCGCCUUUAAUAAUGCACUUCGAGCAAAUAUUUUAAAAAGUAAGAUGGCUAGAAAAUAUACAAAUAUACCUGCACAAUACCUCACAGGUACAAAUAUUGAUACUUCAGCUCAUUUUAUUGUUGCUAAUGGUGAUGCCAAUAUCUUAGGACUUUUUAAGAGUUAUUUAUCAAGAGAGCAUUAUACUUGGAUGAAAAUCACUAACCUUGGUGGCUCUAUUCCUAACCAAAUUUCUCAAACUUCCACUGUUAAUAUACAAAAUAAAUCACAUUCUGAUAGUAAUAGUAUAUCUCAAGCUGAACUAAAUACUUUACAGUCUCAGCAAAAGCAACUCGAUUUUAGUAACUAUCUUAGAGUACCAAAUAAAUAUAUGCCAGAAAGACCAUCAGAUGAGUAUGGUGUAAAUUCUGAAAAAUUUAUUCAUUGUGAUCUUAUAAACCCAACUUCUUCAGCCAGCCAAAUUAUAGAAUCUUUAGCUAAUAAUCUUUAUAAAAAAGUGUCAAAUAUGUUUUCGGCAAAGACAGUGCAAUCAAAGAAAAAUAUUGAAGUGGACUCUGACGAAGAACUGGCUGAUCGUAUAGGUAAGUUAUCAAUAAAUAAGACUUUGUUAAAAGGUUUUGAGGCAGAAGUUCAUGCUGUUAUUAAAUCAUCCAAACACUGUUGUUCAAAUUGUAAUAGAACUAAACACAAUUCUCAACCUAAGUCUCACAAGAAGAGUAAGAGUAAGCAAACAGUUUUAGAACAAACUAUUCAUAAAAUUAUCCAAAGUGAACUUAAAGAUAUUUUACUUUUAUUAUUGCAGAAGCUCAAUUUUAAUAAUGAAAAAUUAUACCAUAUUCAAGAUAAUAUUUAUCGAGAACCAGCUCCAGAGAUAUCUAAUUCAGAUGAAGAUGAGACUUUGGAUGACCCUAUGGAAAUUGAUUUUUAUUUAAAAAUCUCAACAAUGAUACUUGAUAGUAGAGCUGAAACUGAGAUUGUAACAGAAGAUAUUGUUAAGCAUAUAAAUAGAAAAAUUGAUAGAUCUGUAAAGUAUGACCUUAGUGGUAUUGCUACUAUUCCAAUUGAGUCUAUUGAUGGCUCACAUAAUGAGGAUACUAUUACAUCUAAGCCUUUGAUAUCUGAUCAAAUUUUACAGAAAGUAGAUAGUAAUAAGGAUGACAGUAUACUAUUAGAGGAAUGGCAUGCUCCUGCAGUUAUUAAUGAGCAUAAGCAAAUACAAAAUAAAAAUACUAAUCUUAUUUCUCAUAAUGCACAAAAGGAUAUUUUUAUUGUUAAAUCCAAGGCUGAGAAUAUUAUGAAAUCCAAGAAAAUUAAAUCACUUGAGUUUAUGAUCAAGAUAUUGAAAAAUAAGUUGUCUUCAGUUCAGAAAGAUGUAAUUUUAAUUCAAAAUAACUUAUUGAAAAAAGAAUCCAAGAUUUUAUCUCUCAAGUCUAAAAUAGUUGAAAUAGAACAUAAGUUAGCUUUGAAAGUCAGUGAACUUGAGUGUCUAAAAUCGGAAGCUAUAUUAAACUCCAUACUUGGUAGAAACAAUGAAAAAAAUAUAACUAAGUCUAAUGAUAUAUCUGCAGUUAUUGAACUUAGCAAAAAUCUUAGACAAUAUUUUGUAUGCAGAAAAAGUAUGAAUUAA